UGUGUGCCAGCGUUUACUCCGCACAAGAUAAGUGCCCACGUUCACCACCGUAGCGCCCUGCCCUCUCCCACUUUGGGCACUUCCUGCACUCAGGUGCAGUCACCUAUUUUCUUGUUUGACUUCUCACCCGAAGUCGGAGUUGGUGGCGUCAACACCAUCAGUGGCCAGGCCAGCCUCAACCUGAGACAGGACAGAGGAGACUUCAGAUUCCUUUCGUCUUUUUUGGCCCCCGCCAUGCCCAUGAUGCCCAGCCUGUGAAGGUCUCUCACCAUCCAAAAACGCGAUGUCCCUGCUUUUCUCUCGGUGCAACUCUAUUGUCACAGUCAAGAAGGACAAGAGACACAUGGCUGAGGUGAAUGCUUCCCCACUCAAGCACUUUGUCACUGCCAAGAAGAAGAUCAAUGGCAUUUUUGAGCAACUGGGGGCCUACAUCCACGAGAGCGCCACCUUCCUUGAAGACACCUACAGGAAUGCAGAACUGGACCCCGUUACGACAGAGGAACAGGUUGUGGACGUCAAAGGCUACCUGUCCAAAGUGAGGGGCAUCAGCGAGGUGCUGGCCCGGCGGCACAUGAAAGUGGCUUUUUUCGGCAGGACGAGCAAUGGGAAGAGCACCGUGAUCAAUGCCAUGCUCUGGGACAAAGUUCUGCCCUCGGGGAUCGGCCACACCACCAACUGCUUCCUGCGGGUGGAGGGCACAGACGGUCACGAGGCCUUCCUCCUCACAGAGGGCUCGGAGGAGAAGAGGAGCGUCAAGACUGUGAACCAGUUGGCUCAUGCCCUUCACCAGGACGAGCAGCUCCAUGCUGGCAGCCUGGUGAGUGUGAUGUGGCCCAACUCCAAGUGCCCGCUUCUGAAGGACGACCUCGUGCUGAUGGACAGCCCUGGCAUCGAUGUCACCACGGAGCUGGACAGCUGGAUUGACAAGUUUUGCCUGGACGCCGAUGUGUUUGUGCUGGUGGCCAACUCGGAGUCCACCCUGAUGCAGACGGAGAAGCAGUUCUUCCACAAGGUGAGCGAGCGCCUGUCCCGCCCGAACAUCUUCAUCCUGAACAACCGCUGGGACGCAUCGGCCUCGGAGCCCGAGUACAUGGAAGAGGUGCGGCGGCAGCACAUGGAACGCUGUACCAGCUUCCUGGUGGAUGAGCUGGGCGUGGUGGACCGAGGCCAGGCCGGAGACCGCAUCUUUUUUGUGUCUGCCAAGGAGGUGCUUAACGCCAGGAUCCAGAAGGCCCAGGGCAUGCCUGAAGGAGGGGGCGCUCUUGCAGAAGGCUUUCAAGUGAGGAUGUUUGAGUUUCAAAAUUUUGAAAGGAGAUUUGAGGAGUGCAUCUCCCAGUCUGCGGUGAAGACCAAGUUCGAGCAGCACACAGUCCGGGCCAAGCAGAUUGCAGAAGCGGUGCGUCUCAUCAUGGACUCCCUGCACGUCGCGGCACAGGAGCAGCGGGUCUACUGCCUGGAGAUGAGGGAAGAGCGGCAAGAGCGGCUGAGGUUUAUUGACAAGCAGCUGGAGCUCCUGGCGCAGGACUACAAGCUGCGGAUUAAACAGAUCACGGAGGAGGUGGAGAGGCAGGUGUCCACGGCCAUGGCAGAGGAGAUCAGGCGCCUCUCCGUGCUGGUGGACGAGUACCAGAUGGAUUUCCACCCUUCCCCAGUGGUCCUCAAGGUCUACAAGAAUGAAUUGCACCGCCAUAUAGAGGAAGGACUGGGCCGGAAUAUGUCUGACCGCUGCUCCACGGCCAUCACCAGCUCCCUGCAGACCAUGCAGCAGGACAUGAUAGAUGGUUUGAAACCCCUGCUUCCUGCGUCCGUGCGGAGUCAGGUAGACAUGCUGGUGCCUCGGCAGUGCUUCUCCCUCAGCUACGAUCUCAACUGUGACAAGCUGUGCGCGGACUUCCAGGAGGACAUCGAGUUCCAUUUUUCUCUUGGGUGGACCAUGCUGGUGAAUAGGUUCCUGGGCCCCAAGAAUGGCCGCCGGGCCCUGAUGGGCUACAGUGAGCAGGUGCAGCGCCCCAUGCCCCUGACGCCAGCCAACCCCAGCAUGCCGCCGCUGCCGCAGGGCUCGCUCACCCAGGAAGAGCUCAUGGUGUCCAUGGUCACCGGCCUGGCGUCCCUGACGUCCCGGACCUCCAUGGGCAUUCUCGUUGUUGGAGGCGUGGUGUGGAAGGCGGUGGGCUGGCGGCUCAUCGCCCUGUCCUUUGGGCUCUAUGGCCUCCUCUACGUCUACGAGCGUCUCACCUGGACCACCAAGGCCAAGGAGAGGGCUUUCAAGCGUCAGUUUGUAGAGUAUGCCAGCGAGAAGCUGCAGCUCAUCAUCAGCUACACCGGCUCCAACUGCAGCCACCAAGUCCAGCAGGAACUGUCCGGGACCUUUGCUCAUCUGUGCCAGCAAGUUGACGUGACCCGGGAGAACCUGGAGCAGGAGAUUGCUGCCAUGAACAAGAAAAUCGAGGUUCUUAAUUCACUUCAGAGCAAAGCCAAACUGCUCAGGAACAAAGCCGGCUGGUUGGACAGCGAGCUCAACAUGUUCACGCACCAGUACCUGCAGCCCAGCAGAUAGUGGGUGGCCUGGCGCCGGGCCGCGGGGAGGGCCCCCAGCAGCUCCGGCCGCUGCUGCCACCGUGAGAACGAAAGCACCCCCGUCUCAUACCAUUUUGAGCCCCUUAAACGCUAGUUCCCCCCAUUUGCCUGCCGUUGCAGGAAGAUCUUCAGGCUCGUACCCCUAAAAGGAGACUUUUUUUGUUGUUACUGAUGAGCAUGGGCAGCACGGUACCGAGGAAUCGAGUCUUUGCUUUGUCAGCUGCGCUUGAUGGUGAUCCAUCCGAAUGCUUGACGGGGUCUUGGGAUCUGCCGGUGCCCCUGAGGGCAUCGGGCAGACCCCGACCUCGGCGACGCUCAUCCUGACCUCGCACGUGGCGGCUCUGCACCCACUCUUCACCCGCAGAGAAGGGCCACCCGGGGAGGUGGACUUCUCCCUGGAUCGCACCGGAGCACGUUCCCAGCGGGGCUGCUGCCUGCGCAUCAGGCCCUGCGGCUUCGGCUUCGGCGCUGCGCCCCGCUGGCAGAGUGGUUCCCACGCGUCGUGGGGGUGGGGCUUAGGCCGAGACAGGGCCUUGUGCCAUAAGGUGGCGGGAGAGAUACUGCGGGAGAGAUCCUGCGGAAGGCUGGGGGAGGGUCGGUGGCUGAGGGGAGGGGGCGCAUGCAGAGAGCAGGUAGCUGGUACCACGAUGAGGAGGAGCUUGGCCUCCCUUUUCUUUACUGCGUCCCCUGUCCUGUUUUCAGUCUUUAGCCUGUGUUGUCCGGUUUUGUUAUUGAUCAUAGGUGGUUUGGUCCAGAACGUUAAAGGAUGUAGCAGAAGGCAAGAUGGUGGAGGGAGGGGGCCACCCCAUCCAGGGUGGCUGGAGAAUUGUGGAGUCCACGGGGAGCAGGGCCCUCUGACCUUGCCCUGUGAGGGGCUCACGGGCUCUGAGAGUUCACACGGUUAGCUUGACUGCAUCCCCGUUAUGCCCCCCGCCUCGGCCCAGGCUGUCCUUGGCCACCAGUCAGCCCCCUGGACUGAGUCUCCUGCGCCGGUGAGGCUGCAGUUGGCCGAGAGACAGCGUGGGAAACCCGGCAGUCACCCUCCCUGACCCCCAGAGCCUCUUCCCCUCAUCUGGCCUCGCGGUGACCUUGAGAAAUGUUUCCUGUUGAGUUUGGGAUUGUUACUGGUUGGAGUGGGGGGCAGGUUCCUGUCUCCAAGGUGUUAACUGGGGCAGGCAGCCUGUGCAGCUCGGGUCGGAGACCUUCCUAGAAACCAGCUACGUUAGCUCUCCCAGAAAGAGGUGGGGCUCGGGCAGAGGGGUGGGGCCUGUCCUCUUGAAUCCCCCCGCCCCCGCCCCCCAGCUUCCGGGAAAUGAGUUGGUGGCCUCUGCUUACCGGUGGGCAGCCACGCGGGUGGCAUCUGCUCCAGGUGCCCGCCUGUCCUUCAGACCUUCAGUGGACGGCGUGUGGGACCGAGUGCUGGACUCUGCCUAGACGGGCACACGCCAGGGGGAUGUUCUGAGUUUUUGCCAGGCCUAGACGGUGGCCACUUCACCGCGUGUCGGGAGGAAUUAGCGUCACACAAUGCCAAUGAACUUUGUGCUUUUCGGGGGGGAAACAUAUUUUUAUUUAGAAUAACUCAACAUGAAUUUUUUUGAAUGUAGCCCCCGGGCAGUGAAUGGAAUUUUGAGUUUCUUAUACAAUAAGUAAAAUUAAAUGUAUCCCACUGAGGGAAAGACUCUGACCGAAGUGUGGCAGAAAGCACUUUAAUUUAAUGCUGCUAACUUUGUUUUCUGUCUUUACAUUCAUUUGCUGGCGUGUGAGACGUGCUUGACACAGUGAGUUUUUCCUCUGAUGUAUUUAAGGUGGUAUAUUAGCCUGAAUUACUCCUGUAUCAUUGCUGAUAAUAUUGGAACUAAAAUAAAACCUAGUUGGAAACCCUC